UUUGCACUUUUAUUUGAUGUCAAUGUCCCGUCUGCCUCAGUAAACUUAACUAAUACAUACAGUGUAUAUAAACUAGUUCAAAUACCCUGAUUUACCCCCUUUACUUGGCAUUGUGCCUCUUGGCCAGUUGUAGGUGUCUGUAAAUGGGUUAGUUAGGCGAGGACACAGACAACCUGUGACUUGUAAUCUCUUGCCUGCCAAAACACACUACAAUGUUGUUCUCUGUUGAUCUACAUUUGGGACUUGAUGUCUACAUCCACUUUUGUUUGUUUCUUAUAAAUAACCAUCAAAAAGUCUUGUAGUAGCAUUUCUAAAGCCCAGUGCAUAUUUGUGGAAGUGAGCAUAUCAAUGUUUGAGCAUGUGCAUUUGUGCCUGAACCUUUGCACAGCACAAUCGCAUGUGUGUGAUUGGGUUCAGACUAGGUGUUGAUACGUUAACGUCUGGGACUUGAGAUGACCUCAUGCUUUACGUCCUGCUCAACAAACCAUGAACAUCUAUUUAUAACCAGCCCACAAAGAGGAGCCAAAAUACUCUUAUUUGCUCUCAAUUUAUGUCAUUGCGCAAACUAAUUGCAGUCCAUUUUUGUUCAAAAUCGGUCUCCUCAUCCUUGCCUUGUUCUCGCUUGCCCAAGAAGGACAUAAACACUUCUCUACCACAUCAUUUCCUACCUCUCCUCACCUUUCUGCUCCUCAUCUUUGUUCCCCUAAUGGGCAACAUAUUAGACAGCAAGACCACCUUACUUUCAUCGACAUCUUCCCAGCCGUAACCAUCUCUCCAAAAAAACAAACACCACUACCAUCGUGAUCUGAUGGAGACAACAAAUCUGAUGAUGACAAGCAUGUUGAUAAAGGACAAAUGCGAGAGUGAGGUCGAUGCCGAGACAGGCAAGGAGAGUCGGGAGGUGAAAGCACAAGAGGAGAGCGUGCAGGAUGAAAACUGUCGACUGAUGCUGGCUGAUGGUCUUGCAGAGAGAGGACCCAAAUCUCUGAGCCUGGUUUCUGGCCAGCAGGUGUCCAAUGGCUUCACCACGUCCAGCCCUCAAAACUCCAAAGAGGAAACAGGGCUUUCUGCAACUUACUCUGCAAGUUCAGUGUCGGGAUCUGUAGGCGGCUCCGGGUCGGCGGCACAGCUAGGAGGCCUCAGAACUCUGGUCGUCCAACAAACCAGCUUGGAUCGGCCCAGAGAAACAUGGAGCAAGAAGAUGGACUUCUUGCUCUCUGUGAUUGGCUACGCAGUGGACCUGGGCAAUGUGUGGCGUUUCCCAUACAUCUGCUACCAAAAUGGAGGAGGUGCCUUUUUGCUUCCCUACCUAUUAAUGGCGGUCUUUGGAGGUGUGCCUCUCUUCUACAUGGAGCUCGCUCUCGGCCAAUUCCACCGCAAUGGCUGCAUCUCCAUUUGGAAACACAUCUGCCCCAUCUUCAAAGGUAUAGGUUUUGCUAUCUGCAUCAUAGCCCUCUACAUUGCCUUCUAUUACAACACCAUCAUGGCCUGGGCAUUGUACUACCUAUUGUCAUCGUUCCAGUCCACCCUUCCUUGGACCACCUGCUCUAACAGCUGGAACACAGGCAACUGUCACAGCUACAUGUCCACCGACCAGAAUGUUUCUUGGUCCAACUCUUCCACCUCUCCUGCCGAGGAGUUCUAUACUCGACACGUCUUGCAGGUCCACCUCUCUUCGGGUCUACACCAGCUGGGUUCCAUCAGCUGGCAGCUGGCCCUUUGCUUGCUCUUCAUCUUCACCAUUGUCUACUUCAGCAUCUGGAAGGGAGUCAAGACAUCUGGAAAGGUGGUCUGGGUAACAGCAACCUUCCCUUACUUGGUCCUCCUGGUGCUCCUCAUCCGUGGGGCCACUCUACCUGGUGCCUGGAGAGGUGUGGUCUUCUAUCUCAAACCUGAUUGGGAGAAACUUCUCAGCACCACAGUGUGGAUCGAUGCCGCAGCCCAGAUUUUCUUCUCUCUGGGUCCGGGCUUCGGAGUUCUCCUUGCCUUUGCCAGCUACAAUCCAUUUCACAACAACUGCUACAAAGACGCUUUGGUAACCAGCUCAGUGAACUGCCUCACCAGUUUUUUGUCUGGGUUUGUGAUUUUUACUGUACUGGGUUACAUGGCUGAGAUGAGGCAGCAGGAUGUGGAUGCUGUUGCCAAGGAUGCUGGACCCAGUCUGCUUUUCAUCAUUUAUGCAGAAGCCAUUGCAAACAUGCCUGCUGCAACCUUCUUUGCAAUAAUCUUCUUCCUCAUGAUCAUUAUGUUGGGUCUGGACAGCACAUUUGCAGGGUUGGAGGGGGUGAUCACUGCCAUGCUUGAUGAAUUCCCCAAUGUCCUGGUUAGGAGACGAGAGUGUUUUGUCCUUGGCCUUGUUUGCGUCUGCUACCUUGGGGCCCUCUCCACCCUCACAUAUGGAGGAGCUUUUGUGGUGAAGUUGUUUGAGGAAUACGCCACGGGCCCUGCAGUUAUCACUGUGGUGCUGCUUGAAGUCAUUGCUGUUUCUUGGUUCUACGGUACCACUCGUUUCUGCAAUGACAUCCAGGUCAUGCUUGGUUUCUACCCGGGAUGCUUCUGGAGGAUCUGCUGGGUCGCUAUUUGCCCAAGCUUUCUCCUGUUCAUCAUCAUCAGCUUUCUGGCCUUCCCUCCUGAGGUGAAAUUAUUUGACUACCAGUAUCCACCUUGGACCACUGCCCUUGGCUACAGUAUUGGGGUGUCCUCGUUAAUCUGUGUGCCUGUUUACAUGGUCUACCACCUAAUCAAUGCUAAGGGCACAUUUAAACAGCGUCUAUCAAAGAGCAUCACUCCGGAGCCCAGCAAUGACCAACACAGAGGCUUCAUUGUCACCAACGCAGUCUGAACCUGACAGUCCUGUGCCAAUUCAAGCGAUUUAGAGCGCCCUCUUCUGGAUUCCUUGCAACUAUAAAACGUGGAGGCCACCUUUGACCACAUUUGCCUCUUUUUCAUACUUCCCUUGCAUUCUGUCUUUGUCGACUCGAAAUUUAAAAGUGUUGGUGGGUCUACUUUAGGUAACUUUACAUCAAUAUCGUUUGAUUUCAGGGUUGGCUCAGUUUGUGAAUAUUUUUCUUUUACUCUAUUGUAUAUCACUGCCUUCUACUUCAGGUAGCACUUAUUUUUGUGCAAUUAUUUUUGACAGUCAUUUUGCUUGAAUUUAUACUGUACAUAAUAUGUACUGACCAAUUCAAAAAGACAUUGCCCGCAUGAUUAUCUUUCUCCACUCCCAUUGUUUCAUUUUAAUAAUAUACAGAUAAUUUAUGCAUUUUAAUAAGUAGCGAAAUUCAGGUAUUCUAUGUCUUACAUCAUUGAAGCCAAAUAUACGUACAUUUGUUCUGCUCAUAUUUCACGUGAUGUGACAAUAUUGUUUCAUUUGUGUUGAACUGUAGCACAUAAUUGUCAAGAGUUUUCUGUACACUGUGAAACAGUGUGUGCUUGUGGGGCAGCAUGGAUCAGUGGUAGCUUAGUCGUUCCCCAAUCCAGCGGGUUUUGGUUCGAUUCCCUGCCCUGCUGACCUUGUUUAGGUGUCCUUGAGAAAGAACCCGAACCCCAUGUUGCUUCUGAUGCUGCGUCAUAGUCGGUGACUGAGCAAAUGGUGUCAAAGCGCCUUGAAUUCCUUGACGGUAGAAAAGCGCUAUACAAGUGUAAGCCUAUUUACCAAGCCCAUUACUUGUAACAUGAAUUUAUAUUGCUAAUGCAUGCGUGUAUGGGACAGAAAGACUGUGAUUAUGAUUUUUACAUAACAUCCAGAUUAAAACGUGCAUUUAUUUUGUCAAACAUUCUGUCACUUUAACCUAUAUUUUAACUUUGUUACAUAUACUUCCAUCCAACGAUUCUCAAUAAAUCAUCCUCUGAGCUUGUGUUCAUACUUCAGAGCCUUCAGUUAUAAAAACCAAAUACGGACUUAAUACCAUCACCAAGGUCACCAUCUAAAAACCCACUUGCCUUCUCUUUGCUCACUACCAAACAGAAAGAGAGGGAGACAAAUCUAGACUUAAGACUUCAAAUAUGGCAAGUACUGUCCAUCCACAUGUGUAUUUCCUCGUCAGUGGUACUGGUGUAGAUCCAUCCUGUGAAGACCUCUGUUCCCUGCCCCUCAUGGACAUGUGAAUGCGUGUGUUCAGUUGUAUAGUUGUUUUGGAUAUGAGGGUGUAUGCGUGUCUAUGAGUAAGUAGGGGUGGUCAGCCUGUAUGUGUGCAUGCCGUGAUGUGUGUGUAUUACGUACUCAAGGUGUGUAUGUGUGGGAGAGAGCGUGAGCAAAUGCAGGUAAUCUCCAGUAUGAUCUCAUUGUUGUCAAAUGCCAAAUUAUCUAUGAAGGAUGUAACUCCCUCUAGUACCUCUCAAGCUUAUACAUCUAUGUAUGUCUACAAAAGACUGUGUUGACAACUACCUGUAUAGAAUAAAGCUAUAGAAAUAUAUGAAAACCGUCAAAUAAUAAAGAUAU